GCGGGGAGGCGGGGCCAGGAGCAGCCAGCGAGUGGGAGAGGCCCUAGCUGCUGUGUGAGGCUCCCAGAAGGGCUGACAGUGAAUCCUGGUACAGGCGCCGCUCAAAGCCCCGAAUUCGCGAGAACGUCAAAACAAACCGAAAGACGUGGGGUUCCCGAGCUCUCGCCGUUGCCGCUGCUUCAGCUGCCUGAGACUCCACUGUCUCCGCUGCUGCCGGAGGACGCGGCCUGAGAGGCCUCUAGGCCUAGGCGCGGCCAGUAGACCCUGACGUGUAGCUGCCGUGAGUAAAACGAACGCCCUCUGCACAGUCGUUUACAAAUUAAGAUGGAGGAAAUUUCGUUGGCUAAUCUGGAUACUAACAAGCUAGAGGCCAUCGCUCAGGAGAUAUACGUAGACCUGAUAGAGGAUUCCUGUUUGGGAUUCUGUUUUGAGGUGCACCGGGCAGUCAAAUGUGGCUACUUCUACCUGGAAUUCGCAGAGACUGGUAGCGUGAAGGAUUUUGGCAUUCAGCCAGUGGAAGACAAAGGAGCAUGCCGCCUCCCGCUCUGCUCCCUUCCUGGAGAACCAGGGAAUGGGCCUGAUCAGCAGCUGCAGCGCUCUCCUCCAGAAUUCCAGUAGGUGCAACAUGAGAGAGUCUGGGAGUGACCAGGACAAUAAUAGAGACUGGUCCUGUGGCUUGAAAGACUAAGCUAAGUAGAUAAGAGGGAAAAAAAAGAAAAGAAAGAAAGAGAAAACAUCAGACAAAAGCCUCAAUAUUCCUUUGAAGAUCCUAGCAUUUAAAAAACCUAAAGUGGAGAACUUUGAAAUUCGGAUGCUUUUUAAAAAAUUUGUCUAGGGCCAACUCUGAUAGCCUGGGCAGGAGAAAGUGCACAACCUGGGGAUCACUUAAACACAUCUGAAUAUACACAGGAUCCCUGUGCUGCCCUCCGUGCACAUGUGAGCAGUUGUGUGUCCAGCAUAUAAAGUCCUGUUGUUCUUCAGACUGUCUGCUUGAUGUCAGGGGCUUCCUGGACAGUGUGGACUUAAAUUGGCAUCAGUGGGACUGCUGCCUCUAAUUUGGGGUUUUCUGAUACAAAUGGAAGUCAGGUAUGAGAUCCUGAUACUGAUAGUAUCAAUUUGAAACAACCAAGAAAAAAUUCCCCGUUGAAUUUGGUAGGGAACCUCUGUGGCCUUGACUGCAAGAAGAAAAGCUCAGAAUCACCUGUUAUCCAAAAGUCCAGGAUUUGCAAUGAUUUCAACAGAUUUGGGGACAAGGCCUAAACUUUGGUUGAGCAGAGACUUCUUUCUUUUCCUCCCACCCAGCGAUAUAGGCUUGGCAUAGAACAAGUUGUACAGACAGGCUGAGGAUUCAGUUGUGAUUCUGUGGAGAGGUAAUAGGGACCUCUGCAACUACAGUGUGCACCAUCUCAUACUGGAAGAUUUGUGGACAUAUUAUACCAUGGACGUAAGCUUAGUAUGGGCAUAUCUUUCCUACUCUGAGUUACUGGUUACUUAGCCAGUCCAUGGGUCCAACUUGGUCAAGACUGAAAUAUAGAAGAUAGAAUAUCCGUGCAGGAGGCAGUUUUUUGGAAACUGAGCUUGGAAGGAAUCUCUUCCAGCUGCCCUUAAUAAUGUGAAUGAGUUAGUGCUAGGAACCAAGGAGCUGAACUGGGUCAUCUCUUACCUGUGUGCAGAAUCCUGUUACAUGCUUCUGUUCCUUUAGUUGAACAGUCAGGACUCUGCAAUGGUGAACAUCCAGACUCUCCACCACCUUCUCUGCCCCUUAUAAGGAGUAAUCCUUUCCACUCGGUCCCCUUUGGACCAUCUUGACAGCAAGAGCUGUCCUUUUUUGUUUUUGGAAGUAAGGAAGAGACCUCCACAAUCCCCUAGCUUUAGGGAAUGGGAUACAGGAGGAUGGAAAGCUAGAGUUGCAUAUCAAAACUGCCCUCUAGUUUACUCCCUGAGUUUAUAAAGUGUAGGUGGGUGGGAGUCCUGAGGUGAACAGAACGGUGCUGCUUUAUUUGAAAUGUUUUCUUACCUCAUUCUGUGCCCCAGUAAAGGGCCCAGCCUCCACUGGCUUGGCCCCAUGUUCCUGUUCCUGUCCACUACUCCACUGCCUAUCUGGUGCAGCUCAUGACUGCAGGUGCUUCUUGCCACUUAAGCUUUCACCUUGACCAGUUUCAGUUCAUCUCUCUUCAUGCUUCUGAAGUCUGCCCAAUUUAUCUUCCAUGGCUUGUUAAUUUUGUACUUUUUCUUUUUUCCUGUGUUUUUGGGGAGAAUCUUUCUUAUGGCUCCCUUGUUUGGAUUAGAAUGGGAAGAACUUAGAAACUUUUGUAUUUACAAGGCAGUGUCCUGCCUAUGCAUUUCUUUGAGACUGCCUUGCUAGUAGGCCCUCCUGCUUUGUUUUCAUGAGUUUUAUCCCAUCUCCUUUGGGGUACUGCCUCUUGGGAGCUAAGUAGAACAGUGAAGACUGAUACAUACAAGGAUGGAGUUGGUCGAUCCACUUUCUCUUACUUUUGCUGUGUAUGUAUCUGCUUUAUCUCAGAAGCAACUAUUUGGACUCUGGAUUGAUUUGGAUUAGGUAUUUUAGAGAGUUGAAACCAGAGCAAUUGGGCCUUGAGACUAUAUUGCCUUCUCCCCCUAGACUUGUCCUGAUCACGACUAGGUCCUCAUUACAGAUUGACCUUCAAUCUAAGAGUUGUGGGAACUUUUCAGAAAAUCAAAUCUUGGCAGGAAUAAUUUGGAAUUAUUUUUGCCCUAGACUUUAACGAUAUCUCCUAAGAGAAUUCAGAAGGGAAGGGAGUGAGACAUUGGCCUACUUCCAAAUAGUGUUUUGGAAAGGCGAUGAAUAAGGGAGAAGGGCAAGGGCACACUCACUCUUCUUUUAUAUAGGGCAGUCCGAUCAUGAGUGUUUCCUUUCUCAUCUAUACUUCUGGUUAGAGGAGGAAGGUGUGGGAAGCAGAUUUGAGAAAAGGUUUGUUCACAUUACUUCCUUCCGGUUUUGGUUUUCUUUUUCCCCAACACUACCAACAUUAGGGCAAUAGCACCCUGCCCUGGAAAGGUAUAAUUAAAGUGGGCUCAGUCCCUGGAUUCAGCAGGUGCCCCGAAGGGACACACUACUUUUUAAAGGAGAUAAUGUUUCCUACAGUAUAGUUGACAGUGGUUAGGAACUCUCCCUUUCCCUAUCUGCCUUCCCUGUAACCUCAGAAUUUCUAUCCUUCCCUUUUCAAUUAAUUGUAUUGAUCACUCUAUAAUCCUAUUACGUAUCUGAGUGUGUAUGUGUGUAUAGGGGAAAGGGGUUCUUUAAAAUUUUUGUGGUUUGUGGCUUUUUUUCCCCAUAACUAGUUCCUAAUGCCGCAUGCCCAGGGGCCACUGCCUGGCAUUAUCGCAUGCUGGAAUCUUUAGGGGAGGGUAGUGUGAAACUUACCACUGUUCUUUAUUUUGGAGAUUCUUAUUUUUGCAUAAGUAAUCCAUCUUAUACAGAUAGCUGAUUAACUCUUAUGUGUUCCCCUAACUACUAUGGCUGCUGGUGUAAAUAAACUGCAUCUUCUCAUUGCUAAAUGGUAAUAAUAAAAUUUUGAAAAAUGA